UGCGGGCCGCGUCACGUGACAGCGCGCGGCAGCCGCGAUGGGCACGGCGCUGGACAUCAAGAUCAAGCGGGCCAACAAGGUCUACCGCUGCGGGGAAGUUCUUUCUGGAGUCGUGGUCAUAACAAGUAAGGACACAGUCCAGCACCAAGGUAUCUCAUUAACAAUGGAAGGAUCAGUAAAUCUGCAGCUUAGUGCCAAAAGUGUGGGUGUGUUCGAAGCUUUUUAUAACUCUGUCAAGCCUAUUCAAAUUAUUAACAGCACUAUUGAAAUGGUAAAACCAGGGAAACUUCCCAGUGGCAAGACAGAAAUUCCAUUUGAAUUUCCAUUGCAUAUGAAGGGGAACAAAGUUCUGUAUGAGACAUAUCACGGUGUCUUUGUUAAUAUUCAGUAUACCCUACGGUGUGAUAUGCGUCGUUCUCUGCUGGCAAAAGACCUAACUAAGACUUGUGAAUUCAUUGUCCACUCACUGUCACAGAAAGGGAAACUGAUGCCAAGCCCAGUAGACUUCACAAUUACUCCUGAAACUUUGCAAAAUGUUAAAGAGAGAGCUUCGCUUCCAAAAUUUCUCAUCAGAGGUCAUCUCAGUUCUACAAACUGUAUCAUUACACAGCCACUAACAGGGGAGCUGGUAGUGGAGAAUGCAGAAGCUGCAGUCAAAAGUAUUGAGCUGCAGUUAGUACGUGUGGAAACCUGUGGGUGCGCGGAAGGUUACGCCAGAGAUGCCACAGAGAUACAGAAUAUUCAGAUUGCUGAUGGGGACGUCUGCAGGGGCCUACCCAUUCCUAUAUACAUGGUCUUUCCCAGGUUGUUCACCUGCCCUACCCUGGAAACAACAAACUUCAAAGUUGAGUUUGAAGUUAACAUCGUUGUCCUUCUGCAUGAUGAUCAUCUCAUCACAGAGAACUUCCCACUGAAGCUCUGCAGGAUGUAAAUACUCAGAGGAGAAUCACUUAAGGAUUUACUGGAAAAGGACAAAAUUCUUCAGAGGCAAAGUGAAAUUUUAUCUGUGUCUUAUUUUAACUGAAAACACAGUACUACUUCUUGUUCUUCCUGAUGGUAGUUCUUGUGCUUUCAGUGCUCUCUAAAUCUUGCUACCACUUUGCCUGCCUUGCAACAGCCAACAUGGAUGUAUCUAUCCAGGCAGCCUUGUCAGCUGUCUUUCUGACUUCAACAACCAUGUUUUCCCCAUUUUUUUUCUCAGAUGAAUCCUGAAGGAAUGAUUCUGUGUGUUUCUACAACUUGUAGAAAUAUGUAGUAAGUUUCCCUCCUUACUUCAUUUUGUAAUACUGGUUCCAAAGUCCUUUAAAGACUCUUAAACCUAGUAAGUCCUGUUAUACAUAUGGUAUGUAGA